AUGGUGAAGAGUCGAGGUGAAGGCCUCUCCGAAACCCUAAACACAGGAAAAGAUGAUAGCCCUCCUCCCAAUGGGGAGCUGCUGAGCCCGUGCCGCUGCGAUGGCUCUGUUAAGUGCACGCACCAGCCUUGCCUCAUCAAGUGGAUCAGUGAGCGCGGCUGCUGGAGCUGUGAGCUGUGCUACUACAAGUACCACGUCAUCGCCAUAAGCACAAAGAACCCUCUGCAGUGGCAGGCCAUCUCUCUGACUGUCAUUGAGAAGGUGCAGAUCGCAGCUGCCAUCCUGGGUUCCCUCUUCCUCAUCGCCAGCAUCUCUUGGCUCAUCUGGUCGACCUUUAGUCCCUCAGCAAAAUGGCAGCGCCAAGACCUCCUCUUCCAGAUCUGCUACGGGAUGUAUGGCUUCAUGGACGUGGUGUGCAUAGGUCUCAUCAUCCACGAGGGACCCUCUGUGUACCGCAUCUUUAAACGGUGGCAGGCUGUCAACCAGCAGUGGAAGGUGCUGAACUAUGACAAGACAAAAGACCUGGAGGAUCAAAAGUCAGGAGGCAGGACAAACCCCCGGAACUCCUCACCCACCCAAGCCCAGGCCCCCUCCUCAGAAGAAGAGGCUGCGGGCACCCCUGCCCCUGAGGAAGGCCCUGCCCGGGCAGCCAGCCACCCCUCAGGCCCUCUGUCCGAUCACCACUGUGCUUACACCAUCCUGCACAUCUUGAGUCACUUCAGACCUCACGAGCAGCGGAGCCCCCAGGGCGGCAGCCGGGAGCUGGUCAUGAGGGUCACGACCGUGUGAGAGGAGAGACGUGGAAGGGAGGCCGUGACCACGCACAGGAGGGGAGGGUGGGAUGGGAUGCUGGUCUGGGGAGGCAAGGUGGCACCCAGGGGCCAGGGCAGAGGGCAGGCGGAGGGUGGGGGCCUUGAGGGGUCAGGGGGCAGAACGGGCUGGAGAGAGUGAGGCUGGUGCCAUGAGCAAUGUCGUGAUUCCCCAUCAGUCAAUACCAUUCUCCAACAAGAGCACUGAAAACCAAUACAAACUCAACAACCAAGUGCAAUACAGACGGAACCUAACAAAACACAAUGACGAAACCGCCCAGAUGUACCUGUGCGCAAAAAACACCUGGGAGAAGUGGGGGUUUCCGUGGGCGAAGCCAGCUGUCUGUUGGUGGUGGCCACGUGUGCACAUGUGGAGGAAGACAAAAUGCAAAGGGCGCAGGAAGGAGAAAAGUACGUGUGGCGUCGCCUGCCCGGUUUUACCCUUGAGUUUGUUCUGUUGUCUCCCUGGGCUGUGAUCCACUGGCAGUGUGGGCGGGAGGGAGAGGGACAGGUGUAAGCUGGCAGGGGUCACACAGAUUUUGCCGACCCUGGGCUCACCCUGGUGGGCAGGAUUUCUAACUCAGAUGGCUUUAGCAAC